AUUCAAACGACUUGCUUAGGAAGUGGGAGGGUGGAAGAAGAGAAAGAAAGAGGAGCUGGCUUCUCUGCCUUUUGACCUUAGCGAGCUUUGCCCGGGCUCUCAAGCUGCAGGAUGCGGCCAGGUAGUGGAAUCAGCCCGAGCUUUGUGUCUGAGCAACGAAUUCGGCAGCUGGAGCAGAAGCUGCGAGUUAAAGAAGAAAGAAUAAUUGUGCUUGAAACAGAAAAUGCCCUCCUGCAUCUCAAGCUUGCAGAGACUUGGAAACUCUCGAUCAAACAAUCAUGUAACAGCUGUGUUUAUUACAAGCAGCAGAACUUGCAUGGAAGUGUCAGGUCUGCUCUAAUCCAGCUCUGUGGAGCCAUUCAGAGAUUGAAGCAAGACAUGAAGAAUCUCCGUUUGUUUGCUCUUGCAUUUUCAAGGGAUGUCCAGCAUCAGGGCAAUAGCUAUCUCUACCAGAUUUCGGCCUGUGUCCAAAGGCUACAGCUACAUAAUGAAGCUAUGCAGACAUUUCAGACAAAAGCUCUUGAACUUGAACAAUCCUUGCAUGAAGUAAAUGAGAGAUACAAGAAAGAACAACAAAAGAGAAAAGUACUUCACAACAGUUUGAUUGAACUAAGGGGCAAUAUCCGAGUACACUGCAGGAUUCGUCCAUUAUUACCAUUUGAUAUUGCUCCUGGAGAAUUGAUGUCAGAAGACAGCCAUAGCAACUUUUCUGGAAAAGUGGUGUGUGCAACUGAUGAUGAAACCAUCUUUGUAAAAUGCAGCCGUCCUGGUCAUGCUUUGAUAAAUAAGACAUUGCAGUAUGAAAGAGUUUACGGUACUGCUGAAUCUCAAGCGACAGUGUUUGCAGAUGUAUCCCCUUUGCUGACAUCUCUGCUGGAUGGGUACAACGUAUGCAUUAUGGCCUAUGGCCAGACUGGGAGUGGGAAGACAUAUACAAUGUUGGGACCACAACCUGGAGAUAAUUCUGCUUUACUCAUGGGAGAUGAAACAGAAUUAGGAAUUAUUCCUAGAGCCACUGAAGAAUUAUUCAGGCUUAUUUCAGAAAAGCCACUAGGAAAUCAUUGGGUUGAGGUUUCUGUUGUAGAAGUGUAUAAUAAUGAAGUUUUUGAUCUUCUGGCCAAAGAUAACUGUGGAAGAACAAGUGGUGUCAAAAGGGACAUUGUCACAAAUAAGGAAGGAAAGAGUGAUGUUCCAUUUCUUACCUACGAGCCAGUUGAAGAUGCUAUGGAGUUCUUGGAACUAGUUAAUAAGGGCCUACAGUUAAGAGUCAAGCACCCAACACUUGUACAUGCUCAUUCAUCUCGUUCUCAUCUUGUGGUAACCUUGACUAUAACUACAAAGGCUGUCUCAGAAGAUGAUUUUGCUCCUCACUGGACAGAUGACUAUUCUAAUCAAAAGCUAGGUAAGGAAAAUGUCUUCACUUCUUGCCAGUCAGUGAAAGAUGGCAAGCCGUCAUUUCCUUCCAGAGCUUCUUCACCAGCACAGUUUUUCUGUGAAUCUACCGAGAAGGUCAAGCAAAUAAGAACAAAACUUCAGCUAGUGGAUUUGGCUGGCAGUGAAUGUGCUGGUAUGUCUGGAGUGACUGGAGCAGUCCUGAGAGAAACCUCCUUCAUUAAUCGCAGCUUGUCUGCUCUGGCAGACGUACUUGGAGCCAUAUCGGAGCAGCGCUCUCAUGUUCCAUAUCGAAACAGCAAGCUUACACAUUUACUUCAGGACUCCAUAGGGGGUGAUGCAAAGCUGCUGGUGGUGUUAUGUGUCUCCCCCAGCCAGAAAUACAUAACAGAGUCUCUGCAGACCUUGGGAUUUGGAACUCGUGCACGUCAAGUUCAGAGGGGACAAGCCAAGAAAAGAAAUCCACCAGUGCUGAGCAAAUCCAAAUAAGACAUGAGACUCCUGUGGAUUAAAGCAUUAUUAAUGAGUUCCUCAAACUGAAAUGUAUCUUUGUUGUCUUAAAGAUGUAAACUGCCAGUUAAAAUAAGCAUUCCUCACUGCAGCUUUGGCAGGCCAUAAACUUGCUAAGCAAUUCAUUUGUUCCAAAAAUAAUAGUGUGUAUUAACAAAAAGCUACCAGAUAGGGUAGAUGUGCAUGUCUAUUUAUUCCUUUUGGGAAGAGCAACAGGAUGAGAGUGUUUGGGACACAAAUCUUUUAGGGGUAGCAGAGUAAGAGCAGAACUCUUAGAUAAAAUGCUGUAUCGAAUUAUACAUAGAAUGGCGCCCUGAGCAAUUUUGUCUUGGAGGGGUGGGAUAUACAUAUUUUAAAUAAUAAAUAUAUUUGAAUAAUUUGAA